UAAUAGUAGCGGGUGUGAGAAGGAUUUGAACUUGCAACCGAGGCAGAGCGGAAGAGACUCCUAGCUGAUGUCCGAGCAGACUGCGCUCUGAAGAGAGAGGAAAAGAGAGCGCUGUAACAGCUGGGACCAAAACAUCUGUGCGCUAAUCUACUCUUCUGGACCUGGUUCUGGGACUAGAACCCGGGCUCUUUGGAAACUAGAUCGAAUACUUACUUGAUGGAUAUCAGGACCCAAGGUUUUGUAGAGAUGUUGCAUCUCAGGCACCUGCUCUGGCUGAUGUUUCUCUGUAGUGCUUUCACUGAACAAGAUCAAUCAUGGAGGAUGAAGGUAGAGAAGGCUGCCCCCGCUAGUGGCUCUCUGGCUGGCAGGGUGGUGCUACCAUGCCACUUCUCCAUCACCCCAACCACCCACACCCCUAGCACACAGGGCCCAGAGGACCAGCUCAGGAUCAAGUGGACAAAGCUGGAGGAAGACGGGGAGCAUGUGGUGCUGGUGGCCCAGGGAGGAGUGAUCAAGGUGGAGCAGGAGUACAAGGGCAGGGUGUCGGUGCCCAACCACCCCCAAGCAUUGGGCGACGCCUCACUGAUUGUUGCCCGCCUGAGGGCUAGCGAUGCUGGGCUGUAUCGCUGCGAGGUCAUGCAUGACAUGGAGGACACCCAGGAUACUGUUCAUCUCAAUGUCAGCGGUGUGGUGUUCCACUACAGGUCUGCUUCUAGCCGUUAUACCUUUUCCUUUCCUGGGGCCGUUGACGCGUGUCGCGCGGCCGGGGCAACCAUCGCUACGGCCGAACAGCUGACUGCCGCCUUCGAGGACGGACUGGACCAGUGUGACGCCGGCUGGAUAGCCGACCAGACAGUCAGAUACCCAAUCACGAAGCCCCGUCCUGGUUGCAUGGGCGAUAUGAUGCACAGGCCAGGGAUCAGGACGUAUGGGCUCAGAGACCCUAAAGAGACCUACGACGUCUACUGUUACGCAGACAAACUACACGGUGAGGUGUUCUAUGCUCCUAUCCGUUACAAGCUGACCCUUCGCCAGGCUAAGCGUACGUGCGAGACGCACGGGGCGGUGCUCGCCUCCCCUGGCAACCUGUUCGCCGCGUGGCGGGGAGGCCUGGAUCGCUGUGACUACGGCUGGCUGUCAGACGGGAGCGCCCGCUACCCCAUCUCCGUCCCCAGACCCCAGUGUGGAGGAGGGCUGCUGGGGGUCCGGACUCUGUACCGAUUCCCCGACCAGACUGGCUUCCCCAAACCUAUUGACAGACAUGGAGCGUUCUGCUUCAAGGGUAAGGAACCGGAGAUCCCCCCUCCUGGACCUGUGACGACCACGGAUGCUCGCAGGACAGACACGGCUACAGACGUACCUCACACUUCCUACCACACAUACCUUACAGGCACAACUCCCGCAGACAGCACUGACCGCACAGCUGUUGACAAACCUCACGACGCAGACAGACCACACCAAACAACUGGCCAAGACAGAAGUCAGCAUACAGGUGGACCACAUGAUACAGCUUAUACAGGCACAGUCCGACUUUACACUACUUCUGACGGAACACACGCCGCCAAAGACGAGUAUCCCACCACUGACCACAAGACGACAGACAAAGACAGAACUACCCAGAUAGGAGACAGAACGACAGACCAAAAGACAGACUUCUCUGUUGGUACCACUCAGUUCCCUGAGUACGAUGGGGAUGACUUUGUCCCAGACCUAACCAAGGUAGAGUCAUUGCCCUCCAUGGGUGAUCCCCUGCUCCCCCUGCAGCUGCCCCCUCUCCCCACCAUCCGCUCCCAGCCCACCCGCCCCCAACUAGACAUCAACCAGGGGGGAGACAAGGAAGAGGGGGAGGUUCAGACAGGCUCAGGCAGGGGGGAGAGCAGUGGGAGUGGGGAGGGGAGCAGUAGUGAUGGGGAGAGUGAGGGGGAGGACCAGGGAGUGAUGACUCUCACACAGGGCUUCACGGCAGACACAGGACUGGGGUCGGACCCCUCACUCCCAGGACAACCAGGGUACCCAGGACAUCUAAGGGGGUAUCCAGGGUCGGUCACCCCAGAGCAUGGCCACUCAGGUGGGGACAAAGUGACAGGACAGCAGCCUGCUGUGGUCUACAAGGAGGAGGAGGGCAAGAGCUCUAGAACAACAACCCACAGCCAACCAGGAGCCACGGAAUCAUACGGCAUGGACAAAUCGGUGGCUAUCCAUACGGAGGCCACGCCCACCAAACCACCAAUCCACCUCAUCAUCGUCAACGUGCACGACCAGAACCAAUCAGUGGACCACAUCCUGCAGAUUAUGGGACACCCUUUAGGGGGUAAUGGAGAUUUCCAGUCCCCUCUCAUCCCAGCCUUCCCAGUUACCCAGAACGAGGCCAUUCACGGCAGUGAGGACUCUGACGGCAUGCAUCCCAUCCCUUUUCCCCCAACGCUCAGCUUCAUCAACGGGAAACACCAGCAGGAGGCUAGAGGAGACCAGUUUGAGAUGGCCACACCAGUCUAUGGUGAACUGGGAGGAGAGAUGGAGCAAGGGGAGGAGAAGAGCCCCACUCCCUUUGACUAUGACUCCAUCCAUACUGGAGAGACCAGCGAGUCCACUGCUACAGACACAGACAGAGAUACAAACAGACACACAGCUAAAGACACGGACAGAGGCACAGGCAGAGACAGGACAGGGAAGACGGAGAGCUCCGAAGGAACAACCCCGAAUUCCCAACACACAUCCCCAGUCUCAGCCUCAUCCCCUAGUUCCCCCCAUACUUCCCCAGAUGGCAUCUCCCCUGAUGAGGACAUGGAGGGGUCGGGCGGCCGUACCCAGGAGGGCUCAGCAGAAGACACCCGGCCCACCCCCGCCUCAGACAGCCAAUCAGGCGUGGUCACAGACGAGACGGAGAUUGGAGGGGCGGAGAGUGUCUCACACGCCCCGUCCCACACACACUCUGCUCACACUAAGGACACAAACACUAUUGAUACUUACACCAAGGACAGACACACUUCAUCACACGCACACUCUACUCACACUAAGGACACAAACACUAUUGACACUUACACCGAGGACACACACACUACAUCACAGACAGAGGCAGGAGACUUCGAGGGGUCUUCAUCGGCAGAAGAGGAAGGCUCGGCACAGGAGGUGUACCCGCCUGAAGACCCCAGAUACACUAGCCCCGGCAGUCCUGGAGCCAUCGAGGCUCCCCCGGUGGGACCUGGGGUGGAGGGACAGGUGACUGUUACACCCAAACCAGGAACCAGACCAGAAGCCAAACCAGGAACCAUGCCAACCCAGGCAGGAGUGAGUGUAGAAGACCACGCUGGACAUCACACAGACUCUUCUACACAGCACAGAGACCACUCCCGCCAACCUGCCACACAGGACAAAAAUCUCUCCACAGACACUAAGGAUCAAUCCAAGUACCCCCCUACACAAACCACCCAGCGUCCAACACACGAUAGGGAUCCCACCAAGAACCAAACCACAUACAAUAGAGAUCCCUCCACCCACACUAAGGACCAAACCAAACAACCCUCUCCCCCUAGAUUCCCCCCCACCCACACUAAGGACCAAACCAGUCACUCUACCACAGAUCAGAAGACCCCACAGCACCUGAACCAAACACACACACCCCCUGCACACCCCUCCACUCCACCUCCCUCCCGCCCCAUCCCCGACUGGACCCUGACCUCCCAGACCCCCCUGCCUGAGGGGGAGGAGUUUGUGGAUUAUGACCGUGCGAUUGGUCCUCCUCUGCUGGAAGCCGGCCCCCAUGCUCCUAAAGAACCUCAGUCCACAUACCAGCCUGAAACAGGAACUGACUACUACAUCGUGGACCAGACUGUCGAUGUCAGAGGACUGCAGCAGUGCACAGUGAAUGUGUGUUUGAACAAAGCGUCCUGCUACCAGAGAGGCAGAGCCAGCAUCUGUGUGUGUCCACCUGGAUACACUGGACAGCACUGUGAGACAGAUGUUGAUGAGUGCCAGUUCAACCCAUGUCGUAAUGGAGCCACCUGUAUGGACGGAGUCAACUCCUUCACCUGUUUGUGUCUACCCAGCUACACAGGACUGCUCUGUGAACAAGGGGCCAGACCAGGAACCAUGCCAACCCAGGCAGGAGUGAGUGUAGAAGACCACGCUGGACAUCACACAGACUCUUCUACACAGCACAGAGACCACUCCCGCCAACCUGCCACACAGGACAAAAAUCUCUCCACAGACACUAAGGAUCAAUCCAAGUACCCCCCUACACAAACCACCCAGCGUCCAACACACGAUAGGGAUCCCACCAAGAACCAAACCACAUACAAUAGAGAUCCCACCACCCACACUAAGGACCAAACCAAACAACCCUCUCCCCCUAGAUUCCCCCCCACCCACACUAAGGACCAAACCAGUCACUCUACCACAGAUCAGAAGACCCCACAGCACCUGAACCAAACACACACACCCCCUGCACACCCCUCCACUCCACCUCCCUCCCGCCCCAUCCCCGACUGGACCCUGACCUCCCAGACCCCCCUGCCUGAAGGGGAGGAGUUUGUGGAUUAUGACCGUGCGAUUGGUCCUCCUCUGCUGGAGGCCGGCCCCCAUGCUCCUAAAGAACCUCAGUCCACAUACCAGCCUGAAACAGGAACUGACUACUACAUCGUGGACCAGACUGUCGAUGUCAGAGGACUGCAGCAGUGCACAGUGAAUGUGUGUUUGAACAAAGCGUCCUGCUACCAGAGAGGCAGAGCCAGCAUCUGUGUGUGUCCACCUGGAUACACUGGACAGCACUGCGAGACAGAUGUUGAUGAGUGCCAGUACAACCCAUGUCGUAAUGGAGCCACCUGUAUGGACGGAGUCAACUCCUUCACCUGUUUGUGUCUACCCAGCUACACAGGACUGCUCUGUGAACAAGACACGGAGGUGUGUGAGUAUGGCUGGCAGAAGUUCCAGAGCCAGUGUUAUAAGCACAUCACGCACCGUCGCACCUGGGACGCUGCCGAGAGGGAGUGUCGCCUCCACGGAGCCCACCUCGUCAGUGUCCUGUCACAGGAGGAGCAGCUGUAUGUCAACGGUCUGGGCCAUGACUACCAGUGGAUCGGUCUAAACGACAAGAUGUUUGAGAGAGACUUCCGCUGGACUGACGGCAGCAUCAUGCAAUAUGAGCACUGGCGUCCCAACCAGCCAGACAGUUUCUUCCAGUCUGGAGAGGACUGUGUGGUGAUGAUCUGGCACGAGGGAGGACAGUGGAAUGAUGUACCCUGCAACUACCACCUCACCUUCACCUGCAAGAAGGGCACAGUCUCUUGCAGCCAGCCCCCAGUAGUGAAGGAUGCUCGUGUGUUUGGUUCUAUGAAGCCUCGUUAUGAGAUCAACACUCUGAUUCGUUACCACUGUAAAAACGGCUUCAUACAGAGAUACCCCCCCACCAUCCGCUGCCGUGACAAUGGCCAAUGGGACAGCCCUAAGAUCACCUGCAUGAGCCCCGCUACCUACCAGAAGUCUUUCGCUUCUAGGAAACACACCGACAAUCACAAUCAUAACCAGAAUCAGUACAAUCACAAUAAUCACAACCAGUUCAACGAUCAAAACCAACGAUACAACAACCAAAACAAUCAAGACCAACGGAAGACCUACAACCAAAAGCAAAAACAGCAGAGCGAGAGGAGACAUCAACACUAAUCUGAUCUCUGGUCAGUCCUUAAAAGUGCAGAUACGGUUGCAAAAUACCAGGAACUUUCCCCAAAUUUCUGGAUUUCUGGAAAAUGUGGGAAUUUCUGAGAAAAUGUACAGUUAUUCUGCAUCCCUAAUCCCAGAGCAACUAGCUAGAACCCACAGAUAUACACACACACACCAUAUAUAUAUAUAUAUAUAUAUAUAUAUAUAUAUAUAUAUAUAUAUAUAUAUAUAUAUAUAUAUAUAUAUAUGUGUAUAUGUGUAUAUGUGUAUGUAUGUAUGUAUGUAUGUACAUUUGUAUGUCAAUUUAUCUGGAUAGGGGCAUGGGGGUAUUUCACAAGGUUUAGUCAUAAUCAGCAAGCUAACUCUGAUAAACUCUCGAUAAAACAAUUUUCUAGUUUAUAAACAGGUGUUAUGAACAUGGUUACAUAGAGGAUUGAGUCCAUUUCAAAUUCAACAAGGACAAAUUUAAGUUUCAGAAUAUUUAUUGAAGUGAGCCGGCUAACUCGAUUUUGAUCUUGCUUAGUGAAAUCCACCCCAGAUCGCGUUUGAUUCUUCCUAAAACCGUGACACACAGUGCCUUAAUGGUUAACACAGUGUCCAGUGUCCAAUGUCCAUCUCUAGAACUGGAGAACUUGACCGCUCCUGCUCUAGAGAUGGACACAUCUCAAUCCAGCGCCUUCUGAACAUUUCCCCUUUACCCUGUUUCUUUACGCCAUAGAAAAAAUCCACUAAAAAUAACAGACAUAUUUGGCUUACCACCCCAGUUGUUUGUUGGUGACAAGUUUGCAUUAUUCCCAUGAAAGAACCCAUUAACUUAAAUGAACGUGAUUUAUUACAUUGUUUCCAAUAUUUGCAAUGUUUUUUUUCCUUCUCUCUCACAGAAUGUGAGACGAAGAGUCACUCGUUUAUCACAAUCUUCGGUCAAUCACUUUAUUCAGAAGUCACUAUAAAGUGAAAUCUGUCUUAUUAUUGACUGUUACCAUGCGGUGCAUACAGUAGAACUCAAAUCAGGAAAGAGCUCAAUCAGUUCCUUAUAGGAGAGGACAUGACGAGAGGUCCGUAUCAGACGCUGUCUGUGAUAGGUCACCUCCUUCAGUGGCUCUCCAGCAUAUACAAACGCAUCAGCGAUGUCUUCUUCUUCAAGGCAAUGGUUUUUAAAGGGAAUGGGCUUCUUACGCUUAACCAGUUUUGUUAUUGCUAUGUAUGCAAUGAUACAUGGGGGAAGAGAGAGUGUAACGAAUGUCAGGUCUGUACGUGGGAAAAGUUAUAUAAGAAGCUGUAGCCGUUUAAUUUAUUGCAUAUGUUACACCUAUACAUGGCCUGUGAUACUGUUCAAGGUCAUUAGAACUGAAGUGGCUAUUAUAAGGGCGACUUAUUUGGCCGUUUCCAGAAAUCUGCCUUGCAUUGAAAGUACCUCUUCUUACAUUAUGUUGCCUUCACAUAUUCUGUUUAGUAAAGUUCUACAAUCCAGAUAUCUGAGCUGUGAUGGCGCUGUUCAGGGGGAUGACUUGUACCUGCGAGUCACCACAAACUGCCUCUCAACAAGAACCGACUUUGAGAAGCAUUCAAAGGCACGUGAACUAUGACCAUUUAUUCAGAAAUGCUACAAAUAAUGAUUCUCCCCUGAGGACAGAAAUGACUGGGUGAAGAAACAGCAUUGAAAGUUGGGAGCCUAGUGUCUCUGUUCUUCAGUUAGGAUUCUGGUACAUGUGUCUUCUUGGUUUUCUGCUUUCAUCCCUUCUGUUUGCGCUCCAUGUAUGUGUUCUAUCAUAGUGUUUUAUCAUCCAAAUGAUGUGUGUUUCUACCCCAGAGAGCGUGGGGUAUGCGGGGGGGGGCAGAGGGAAUGUGAAUACUUUGUCUGUUUUUAUGUUCUUGUAUCUGUUGUGUAUGUCACCAAAAACUCACUAAUACUGUACCAUCCUGUGCUCCAUCUCACCUUCCGCUGACUGUGCAAUAAAAAAUAAAUACGAUAACGGAUUUUA